CGGUUCAAUAUACAGUAUUAUAGUAUAAUAGAACCAUUUAUCUCCUAUUCAUUUUUUUUACAUCAUAAGCAUAAUCGGAAUUUAAUUCCGAAACUUAAAAGUGUAUAUAAAUAUUCCUUCCAUCAUGCUUAAAUUACCCUCGUUUUUUUGUAAAAAAAAAUCAUCACUAUAAUAUUUAAAUAUGACCGCUAACGAAAUUCCACUCAUCAACGUACCUUAUCCACCGGAAUUGACUGUCGAAGAGAUUUUAAGCCGUAGAUCCGAGGAUAAACUACGAUCGAAAGCUCCAAAUCAGUUUUUAAUUUAUAGGUUAGCGUACAUAAAAGAACUCAGAAAAAUGAUCGGUGAAAACAUCUCUAUGACCAAAAUAUCGCGCCAGAUAAGUUCUUCUUGGGCUAGAGAACCUCCUGAGAUAAAGCAAGCUUAUAAAAAUCUCUCUGGCCUAGCAGAAAAUCGGUUGAAGGAAAUAAGACAAAAUAAUUCAUUAGUAAUUAUACAUGAAAAUUUUUCCUCACCACUACCACCACCAAUCAAUAAUAAUAUAAUUGAUGAGCCGACCUUCUUCUAUCCUUAUUCCGAAUAUUAUUAUAAUAAUUAUUAUUAUUUUUAUUAAUUAUGUUUCCUUUUUUCAAUUCGAUUAUUAUCAUAACUUUUAUUUAAAUUUUUUCGUCUGCCGUUUUAGUAAAUAAACAUUUUUUACCUUUUUCAUUUAUUCG